GAAAUCCCUCUGCUCGGCUCAUCUGCUGUGUCUUGACCAUGGCAGCAGCAGCGGCACAGGAGGCGCUGAGGGUGGUGGAGCACGGGGCGAGCAUGCUGAGGGCGCAGGGCGGGCAGGCAGCAGCGUCGCAGGCAGCGCGGCUGCUGCGCUUCAAGGCUGCGCUGCACCUCAGAGUCCAUGAUAGCACGGGAGCAGUGGAGGCGUUGGAGGAGGUGGCAGCGAUGGGGGAUGCAGGGCUGUGCGACAGAGUUGGGGCGUUGGAGGAAGUGGUGCGGAUCCACCUCAGCGGCCACGCAGACGCACAUGCCAUGGAGUCUGCUGGGAGGGCCGCUGCAUUGCUGCAACCACCAACACCCGCCCCAUCAGCAUCACCACCAUCCCCAUCAUCACCAUCAUCAUCAUCCUCACCAGCACCAUCAUCAGCGUCAGCAGCACCACCAGGGCUGGCAUUCCUGCGUUUCCGAGUGCUCUGCUCCGUGGGGCUCGUGGAGCAGCUGUGCGGCCAUAUUGCCACUGCUCGGGAGCACUUUCAGGAAGCAGACGAGCUCGAGCCGCCCGACUGCAACUCGGUGCCAACCACAGGGCUCGCCCGCCUGUCAAUGGCGCUACACCUGCACUCUGUCGGCCAAUGGGAGCAAGCCACGUCAUACUACUCGCAGCUUAUCCAAUGUUCCUCGCCACCUUCUCCUCCUUCCUCCUCACCCCCCUCUUCCUCCUCCUCUCCCUCCUCUCCUUCCAUCGCAUCCCCAUCACCCACCGCGUCGUCCCUCUCGCCCUCUCUGCGUGCGGGGGCAGCGGUGCGCGUGGGGGCGCUAUCAGGCCGGGGGCAGCUGCUGCUGCAGCAAGGCGAUUUCAAGGCAGCAGAGGAGCAAUUCACAACAGCUCUCAAAGAGGCAGAGGCCAUGGAUGAUAGCUCAGAUUUCAACCCAAUGAUGGGAGCCGUGCUUUCCCUGCUGGGCGACACAUACGCUCAAAGAGGCAGGCUGCAGCACACGGGGGAGGGAAUGAUUGCUGAGGGUCUUUUUCGGCGAGCACUGGCUCUCCUGGGGGCGGCACAGUGGGACAGUCUGGAUCACAGGCUGUCGCUGCUCGCAGGGGCAGCAAGCGGCUCGACUGCAGCGGAAGAUGCAGACGAAGAGCAAUUGAAGGAUCGGAAGAACCGAGUGCUGCAGCUGGACCUCAUCGCAUUCACCCUCGGUGAGUAUGCCCCCCCUUUCCUCUUCCCAUUGCACCAAGAGCUCUACGCAGCAGCACUUCAAGCCUUCCCCAUGUGCACCAGUGAGGCGCAAAGCAUGAGUGCCGCCGCCCACCACCUCUUUAACACCGUUGGCAGUUCGCAAACUCUUCUAACCGAGGCACGGGAGUAUCUCCCCGACAUUGACCAUGCCGUCUUCAAGCACUUCCGCAUCAUCAAGAGGGUCGAGGGAAAAGCUCAGCAGUACGAGUGCAAGUUAUGCAGCAACGUCUACACUGGUGCUGCCAUCCGAUGCGCGCAACACUUCACGUCGUGGAAGGGGAUGAAACGCCGUGAAGUGGUGCUUUGCAAGGAUGCGCCGCAAGAUGUGCGCUUGGCCAUGCGCGCGAAAUACGAGGCAAAGGUUGCUGCGGCCGAAGAGAAGAGGCGGGCAGCAGCUGAAGCGGUUGCCGCGGUCAAGGCUAAUGGUGUGAAGCGGGCGCGCAUCACCGAUUACCUUGAUGGGGAUGCGGCUGCAAGAAAGAGAGAAGCGGACGAGGCACUUGCGCUUGCUUGGGCCGCCCUCCAUAUCCCCGAGCGCCACAUUGACCAUCCUCUGAUGGUCAAUGCAUUGAACCUCGUCAAGCGCGCCGGCGUCGACUACGUCCCUCCCAAGAGGAAAUACAUCGGCGGUGCUGGCCUUCUCUCGUGUCGCAACGGAAUCGAGCAGGGUUUGGUGGGCAUUAAGGCGAGCUGGAAGAGGACGGGCGUGACGGUUUCGUCCGACAUGAUGACGGACCGCAACGGCAGGCCGCAGGCCAACGUGCUUCUCGUAAACGAUUCCGGCGCCGUCUUCACCGACUGUAUUGACUGCAACAUGGAGAGGAAAACCGGAGGUUAUGUGGCGGGAAUUCUUAGGCCCGUGGUGGAGGAAGUGGGUCCAGAAAACGUUGUUGCGUUCUGCAUGGGCGGGGGGUCGAACUGUGCGGUGGCGGUGAAGCAGCUCUUACAGGAGUGGCCGCACAUUCAGGAUGUGCCGUGCGCCACUCACGUAUUGGAUCUUCUCAUGGAAGAUGUCGGGAAGAUGGGAUGGGCUAAGCCGGUGGUCGACAAGGGAGGGGAGAUAUCUAGCUUCGUCCGCAACCACCACUGGACCCGAGGGUACCUGCGGAAGCCGGAAUCGGUGGAGGGGAAGGUUCUGCAGGCGCUGAAGCCGGCUGGAACCCGAUUCGGGACCAACUACAUAGCCAUAUCCCGGCUAUGUGCGAUGCGCGGCAGCCUUACCAACAUGGUGACGAGCGAGGGUUGGAAGGAGUGGGCGGUAGGGGACCGGAAGAAAUCGUGUGACGGGUUCAGUGCGCUGAUCCAUGAUGCCGCCUGGUGGAAGACGGCCGAGUUCUUCGUCGCACUGCUGAAGCUGCCCUUUAAGGUGAUGAGGCAGACGGACGGGCAUGCCGUGGGGAUGAUGGGGAGGCUGUACGAUUUGAUGCUGCAGUUGACUGAGGACGUGGGGGGCUUGCUCGAUGCGGACGAGGAGCAGCUGAGCGACGGGGACAAGGACAAGAUCCGCCGCAUCCUCAGAGACCGCUGGGACGGCAGCCUGGCAUGCGCCAUGCAUGUCGCUGGCCGCAUCCUCAACCCCGCGAAUCAGGAGGAAGAUAUUUUCGGCACUGAUCCCGAGUGCACGAAAGUCUUCAAGGCGUUCAUCAGCCAGCAGGCCGAGUUCCUUGCGAGCCGCGAGGAUGGGGGGGAUGACGCGUGCGACAUCUUGCUUGAGCUGGGGGACGGGCUGAGGGCGUUCCUUAACAUGAAGGGUUCUUUUGGGAUGCCGGAAGCCGUGGCACAGAGGAAGCUGGUGAAAGAGGGAAAGUAUAGCAUGGUGAAGUGGUGGCAGUGGAAUGGGACUGAUGCCCCUCGAGUGGCGGGGCUCGCGGUACGGGUGCUGUCUCAGGCCGUGUCAGCCUCACCUUGUGAGCGUGGAUGGUCCUCGUGGGAUGCCGUCCACACCGCACGUCGCAACAGGCUCGGAUCCGCCAAGUGCAGGGACUUGGUCUAUGUUGCGCACAACUGGAAUGUUGUGCGCAACUGGCACACGCGCGUUGAUGUCUUGCCACAUGUGGUGCCCGGGAUUGGAGCGGAGCCUCCAAUCCCGGCGGGAUACAAUGGGCUGGAAGACGAGACGAAGGGAGAGGAUGAGGAGGAAGGCGAAGACGACAUCCUCGAAGACGAGUACGCUAACUAG